AUGUCCAAAGAAACAAAAGACAGGCUUUUGAGAGUCCAUAGCUCUGGUUUGUACAAUAAUCUAUCACCGGAACAGGCGCUAUCCUUAUAUCAUGAAAACAAGAAUUUUUUGAAUAUUGCAACCCUGAACUUGCUACUUGCACAAGAUAGUCAAAAGGAUAUUUAUGAUUUGACUGAAUUACAAUUCUACUUGGCUCUCAUCACAAAAAAUGAUACUGAGGCGAAAAUGAUGUUAGGCCGUCUCACUGAUAAGUUUGGAGGUUACAAAAAAUCUCAAAGAAUUGCGGUUUUAAGAUCCGUUUAUAUUGAAGCCACAGGAUCACAACCGAAGAAUUAUCAAGAAGCGUCGAAAUUUUUGGAAUCUGUACCACAAUUUGGCAAAAAAAUCAAUGUUAUUAGAAGAAGAACAUAUUUGGCUAGCAAGUUGAAUAAUAUUGAUGCAAAUGAAUACAUUAAGGAUUUGACAUCAUACUUAGAGGUUAAACCUAGCGAUAAUGAAUCAUGGUAUGAACUAUCUGAGGUGUAUUUAAAAUUGGGGAAUUAUACAAAAUCAAUCUAUUGCUUGGAGCAAAUCUUGCUUUGCGUUCCAUUUGCCUACAAUAUAUAUUACAAAUUGGGGGCAGUUUACCAAUCAUAUGCAUACAAGAUCUUGUAUGAUUUUUCCGAUUCCAACAAUGCCAACAAAAGGGAGAAUUUCAACUACAACCAGGCUACUAUUGACAAGUUUUUCAAUUUCUUCAAUUUAAGCUUGAAACACUUUUUGAAAAGUGUGGAAUUAUGUGAAAGCUAUUAUAAAGGAUGGUCUGGUAUUUUCAUCUUAACAAAGCCUUUAAAAUUCAAGAACAAGAACUUGGUGAGUAAAUUUUCAGAGAAGAAUGAGCAGUAUUCCAAACUAAAUAUCUUGGCCUCCCAAAAAUUGAAAGAGAUAAUAAAAAAGAAUUGGACCAGUGAGGAAAAUAAGAAAUUGAUUGAAAAAGUGUUAACAUCUGAAUAG